AUGAAUCAUAGUGAUGAAGAAACUAUGAAAAAAACCAGUAUAGUGAACCUUGAUAAGCUUUUAUAUGACUUCUCAGAGAUAGAAAAAAAAAUAUCAGAAAUCAAUGAUGCAAAUAACCUACUGAUUCAUCAGCUGGAAAAAUGUAACAGAUUGCUAGCAUUAAGCCAAUCAAAGGAGGAAUCAGUAAAAGAGGAGUGCAGUGCUCUACAGAAUGUGAUAAAGGGUCUAACACAAACCAUUGAAAACCAGUGUAACAUGAAAGAUGAAAAUUAUAGACUGAGGGGAACCAUUCACAUCUUGGAAGAUAAAUUAAAGACUUGUGAAGAGGAGUAUAAGGAUCAAAUUGAGAAACUCAUGACAGAAAUUAAAAACAAAGAGGAAGACCACAAAUUAGAAAUAACACAACUGAAUUGCGAUACAAGGAAAAAAUUUGAAGUAAAAGAAAUGGAGUAUAGAGAAGAGAGAGAGAAAAAAGAACUGGAAAUAUUAGAGCUAACUAGACAGCUGAAAAUUCAAAAUGAAGAGAAGCAGAAUGAAAUAAUUAAACUGCAGAUAGAGUUCAACGCUAAAUUAGCAAGAGCUCAGGAUAAGACCACCAAGUCCUUUUCAGACACUUCAGUCUUGCCACAAAGUAUCUAUCGAAGGAAGCUGCAGCAUCUCCAGGAAGAGAAAAACAAGGAAAUUGAAAUUCUACGAAACACCAUAAGAGAUUUGGAGCAACGUCUUAAUAAAGGUCAAGACCUGCCCUUCAAACGGAGGAGAUUCUGACUAAAUGACUUG